AACACAGUGUUAGUCGUAGCUUGACAGAACAUCAUCAUCAUCAUCAUCUUUCCAACACGUAUUAGGGUUUAUUUCCAAGGACCACCACAAAGCCCUAAAAAACACCCUUGAUUUCGCAACUCACACUCAAAUUACACGCCAAUUAAUCCAAUUUCCAGCUCUACAUCUUCCGAAUCAGGUGAUAAUGGUACAUCCUCACUCGUGACAGUGACUGAUGGAUCCUGAAACAAAGAAUUUUGGAAAAGGACCAAGGGAACUCACGGGCGCUGUGGAUCUUAUAAGUUGCUAUAAAUUGUUACCGCACUAUGAGUUUUUCUGCAAGAAGUCGCUUCCGUUGUCAAUCUCAGAUACACAUUACCUUCAUGAUAUUGUUGGAGACACAGAUAUCAGAAAAGGCGAAGGGAUGCAAUUGGAUCAGCUUAUUCACAACUCAUCCUUAUCUAGAGAUGCAACAAACACACGCAUACAGCCGUUUGACCUAAAUACCCUGGCUGAAGCCUUUCAACUUAGGGACACUGCACCCGUUGACCUCCCAUCUUCCGAGAAAGGGAUGGCCACUAUAGCUGGAAAAUCAAGAAGUGAAUCAAAAGACAAGGAAAAGAAGCAUAAAAAGCACAAGGACAAAGAGCAUAAAAAACAUAAACAUCGGCAUAAAGAUCGAAGUAAAGAUAAGGACAAAGAAAAAAAGAAGGAUAAAAGCAGUCAUCAUGACAAGAAAAGGAAGUAUGAUGGAAACGAAGAUGUCAGUGACAUUCACAAGCAGAAGAAAAGUAAGCAUAAGAACUCAAAGAUUGAAGAGAUAGGAGCGUUUAAGAUAGCAGCUUGAAGUCGACAUGUGGUGUAUAUUGUUGUUUGUCCUUGCAAAAUGAGGUUUAGUUGCAUACUGUAGUUAAAUUAAUUGAGAAUAGUUUCAGGACUAUUAAAGAUGUCCAAGAUGGUGGAUUCACCUGUUAAAUUAGAUUUAUUCAAGCAGGCAAGCUUUUUAGACUUUGUAAAUGCCACCUAGGUAAGAAGAUGAAAAGAUAUUGAUAUCGAUCGUUAAUAGAUAUGUCGAUUUUUUUGGUCUCUUUCGUGUAGAGGGACUCUUUCCACUAUGUAACAUUUUUCUUUAAACGUGUUACACAUUUUUUUAUCCGAA